AUGGAUAACAUGGAUAAACCAUCCAACUCAGAUCCUAAAACUCCUUCAACUCCCCCGCCUACCAUUGAUAAUCAGCCUUCCAAUUUAACUCAAGAUACAACCAAUCCCUAUUAUAUUCAUCCAAGCGAAAAUCCUAACUCAGUCUUGGUUACUCCUGUUCUCACAGGAAACAAUUACCAUUCGUGGAAAAGAUUCCUCACUAUGGCUAUUAUUUCCAAAAAUAAAUAUGGAUUUCUUACCGAACGAUUUGCUCAGAGCGAUCUUCUCCGAAUUGCUGAGUUGCAAGAAGAAAUCUAUGCACUUAAGCAGGGCACUCUGUCGGUCACCGAGUUCUACACAUCACUAAAGUCUCUUUGGGAGGAACUCGACAGUUCUCGCCCUCUCCCAGUCUGUUCAUGUCCAGCAACAUCUCAUAGAUCACAAGAUUUCAUAAUUCGCUUUCUUAAGGGAUUGGAUGAACGAUUUUCGGUGGUGCGAUCUCAAAUACUUCUCCUAGACCAAUUACCUCCAGCAACCAGAGUUUUUGCAUUGGUCAUCCAACAUGAACGACAGCUACAAGUCACCACUGGUAUUCUAGACGAUCCACGUUCCAUCACUGCCGCCAUCGAUUCGCGGCACCCCUCACAAGGUUGCGGUCGCGGUCGCAAUGGCUUUUCCUCCGGCAAGGGUCGCGGUGGUUUCCCCUCCAGCGCGGGACGUGGUGGUUCCUCUAAGUUCUGUACGCAUUGCGGUCGUAGUGGCCACACGAUUGAAGUUUGUUAUUCGAAACACGGGUUCCCACCAGGGCAUCCACGUCACUCUGGUAGUUCACAUCACUCCGCUGCUGUCGCCGUCGCAACUCCUCCUUCAAUCGCCCCUCCAGUUUAUGAUGAGAGGGCAGCCCUAGGUCAUGUUGAAGGGCAUACCCAUCAGCCGAAUCCAAAUCCAAUUUUGGACCUCUCACUAGCCCAACAACAAGCUCUCAUAGCACUUCUCAAAAGGACCGAGUCUCCCUCUUCAGAAUAUAGAGAUAAUGGUUCAUCAAAUCAAAAUGGGUUUUUGCCUAAUCCGAAAGAAACUUUCAUUUUCUCAAAGUUUUAA